AUGACGACUGCAGCACGACCUACCUGGCCUCCAGCUAAGGGAGGUAACGAGCAAGGUGGUGCUCGGAUCUUUGGUCCGUCUCAGAAGUAUUCGUCCCGUGAUGUCGCCGCUCACACAACUUUAAAGCCGAGGGAUCAUGAAGAUGGGAUUAUUCCUCGCAGUGUAGAUGCUGAUGAUUCUCAUGUUGAUAACAAAAAUAACGAUGAAAGUGACGAUGAUGAUGAGGACGACACUGAAGCUCUUAUGGCUAAACUCGACCAGAUAAAGAAAGAAAGAGUGGAAGAGAGGCUCAGGAAGGUUUUUUAA